UUUUUUCUUUAUUCUUCCUUCACCUCACCAGUACUACUCCAUUUUAUACCCAUUAAUUAAUUAAAGAUUUAUAAUUGUGACAUUCAAGAAGAGUUGAAGGAUUCGGCCAAGCUCCAUUCGAGAUGUCUCUGCACAAGGUUACUCCUGAUAGAUUGAAGGAUGAGUACUACUGCAUCCCAGAUUCUGCAGAUAGUAAAAGAAACAUCAGAACAUGUGAUGAGUUGGCAUUGGCACCAUGGCUAAAACCAAAGCAGAUGAGAAGAUUCUCGGCUACAACGAUGUUGUUCUCAGGCGAUCAGAUUUGGACAUUCUCAAUGGUCCUAAUUAUCUCAAUGACCGCAUCAUUGAGUUCUAUUUUAGCUAUCUCAGCUCAAGCUUUCCAUCUGACGACAUAUUGCUGGUACCACCUUCUAUUGCUUUCUGGAUUAAAGAGUGUCCUGAUCCUGCAAGCCUGAAGGAUUUCAUGGAACCACUUCAUCUUCCUAGAAGGAAGUUGAUUCUCUUACCUAUCAACGAUAAUUCUGAUGUGUGCAUGGCUGAAGGUGGGAGUCAUUGGAGCUUACUGGCUUUUGAGAGAAACUCCAAUGUAUUUGUACAUCAUGACAGCAGCUACGGGUUCAUGAAUGAGUAUCACGCCAAACAAGUAUACAAGGUUACUCUUCCUUAUACAGCGUCCAGCGCUACUUACAAAGAAUGUCCAGGCACGCCAAAGCAAGUGAAUGGUUAUGAUUGUGGCGUAUAUGCCUUAGCGAUUGCACGAGUCAUCUGUCAAUGGUAUGCUAGCAGUGGAACCCUAGAUGCAGAUACUCUGUGGUUCUCCCAUUUUGAACAGGUCAGUCCAAGUGCUGUUUCUAUGAUGCGUUAUGAGAUUCUGGGUUUAGUAAAAGGUCUGACGGCUGCACCUAAGAGUGUGGCGUAACCUCAAUGAAGUGGGUGAAAAAUCAUGGAUGAACGGUGCUUAAAUUCCAGCAUAUAGACUAAACACACUAGGUAAUUUUUUCUCUAUGUACCUAAGCUUUGUGGCAAAAUUACUCGGUACUUGUGUUGGUAGGAGAUAGCAGGUACGGAAUCGUCAAGGUGUGCACAAGUUGAAUUAUUCUACUAACCUAAUUAUCAUUAAUAUAAAAGUUUAUGAUCUAACUAAAUUAUCGUUUCUAAUAUACCCAAUGUUUACUUAA